CAGGAAAAAAAUGGGAAGGGGAGGAACACAGAAGGGGACAGGCAACAACACACACAUCUGGAAACAAUUGAGGAGGGAGAGGAAGAAAGACCGUCAAAGACGGAGAGAGGCGAAUAUUUGUUAACAAAAGAAAACACAGAUAGGGGGAAUCUUUCCAUUCGGAAAAUUAUAUGCAUUCAAUACAGAGUUCAGAAUCGGGGAAGAGAACAACUUAACUGGAGAAAGCGGGCAAGCACAAUCUACCAGUGAAGAACAAUAUAGAGGAAGAGAAGACAGGAAAGCUGAUUGAAAAGCCUGGCUGGUUCAGGGAUCAGUCCGAAGGAGAUCUAAAAGGAAAACUGAGUAAAGAUCAAAACCAAGAAGUGAAGGAGCGGGGAGUUACCAAGAGAAGGGUGACAAAGACAGGAUCUGAAAGGGCUGAAACUCAUCUUCAGGAUGUCAGUGUCUCGGAGGUGUCUGUGCUGUGUCAAAUAUUUGAUGUUUGUCUUUAACCUCAUCUUCUGGCUAGGAGGAUGUGGCUUGUUCGGUGUUGGAGUCUGGUUGUCCUUCACGCAGGCAGAGUUUUCCUCUCUUCCCCUGUCCUUUCCGUCCCUCUCAGCUGCCAAUCUGCUGCUGGUCGCCGGUGGCAUUACCAUGGUGACCGGCUUCCUGGGUUGUCUUGGAGCCCUUAAAGAGCAGCGCUGCCUGUUGUUCAUGUUCUUUGUGAUCCUCUUGCUCCUGGUCUUGACAGAGGUGACUCUAAUGUUGGUUAUACACAUCUUCCAUGACAAGCUGGAUUCCAAAGCACAAGGUGAAUUAAAGGAAGGUAUGAAGAUUUAUAAUUCAGAACCUGGACUGAAAAAAUCCUGGGACAAUGUCCAGAAAAUGUUCAAAUGCUGUGGAGUAACAAACAAAACAGACUGGUAUGAUGUGCUGAAUGGAACACUGCCCUCAUCCUGUUGCUCUGUGGGGACAGACCAGUGUGUUGAAGGAUGGAGUGAGCCAUGUUAUCAGAAAGCCAGGCAGUGGCUGCUGGAUAACAUCCCCUCAGUCCUGGUGUUUGGAGUGUGUAUCGGUGUUGUGCAGAUCUUGGCCCUGGUGUUCUCCAUGCUGAUGUACUGUCAGAUUCUGUGCGCUGAGAAACACUUGGACUGACUGCAGACCAGCAGCUCACUGGCCCCUGAUGUGAAGGCUCAUCACAAACUCCUCUGAAAUCUCUGCCAUACACCCCUUCAAUAUGAUCCGAACGUUCAAAAGACUGUAAUGAUCCAGUGUUUAUUUUGGUUUCAGUCCUGAAAUAGGUGCCUUAUAAAUCCCUUAAGAUUCCCCCAAAAAACUCCUGUAACACUAACAAAGAUCAGUGGGUGCACUGACACUGGUGGUACAGAAAGCCAGUAGUAACAGACUGAAGAGGUUGGUUGUCUUUGUACCAGCCAUAGAAAUGUCAGAUCAUCAAGUUUUCAUUUUAGAAUCCAUUGGCCUCCAGACAAAACAAAUUAAAAUAAUCUUGAUGCAUUGCUCCUGCAGAGUAACCUGAGGGGAAACAUGAGUCCAAUGUUAUUUUUAAAUUCUAUUUUUAAAAGACACAUUUUGCUCUCUCCAUAUUUUAUAGUAUUUUGUCUCCACAGUUGCUCAUUUUAGAUUGUUUUUAAUGUGGAGUUGUGAAAUUUGUAAUGUUAUGUGAAACAACAAGAGGUGCAUUCGUUAUUUGGACUUAUUAUUAGUUACAGCUCGACUAUGCAAUUAAAUUGGACUACUAUCCUUGUUCCAGUAUACAAGCACGAGAGGGGAAUUGAUUUAUUGACCGGAGGAUGUCUGAAACCACUACGAUAGGUAGGGAUAUGCCCCCUUUCACCUUGUUAGUAUUGGACCUAAUUCCAGUUGACCUAUUACGUCACAGACCAAACAAUCGACAAACAAGUUAACUACGUUUAGCUAGCAGCAAACUGGUACUGUGAUGGUCAAGUUUACAGCUCUGUGCAUUUUGUCCAUCCAAAAAUUACACAACUCUGGAUGUAGAUUUCACUAUUUUGUCACCAGCUUCUUUCUCUGUUAAGCAUUUAAUGCUAUUUGACUCCUAGGUCAAAGUCCGUGGUGGAACCUGCGGAGCAUUUACAGAGUAGGCCAGUUUGGAUCCGAUUGACUGUAUAUGCAGGAGUAAUUCAACGCCCGGUCGCAUUAUCUGAGUGUGUUAAUCCAACUUUGAAAAAUUAGAUUUAGCAAGAUACCUGUUUACAGGUAUGCUAAAUGUCUGGUUUUAGUCACACUAACACAAUAAGUUAUUUUUCUUUAAUGUCAUGUAAACACACUGAAUGUUGGGCAAUUGGUGAGCAUCUGUCGCCCUAGUCUUUGCAGUGUGUCCUGCACUGUUGCCCCUUGUUGGUUUAUUUUCAGCUGAUUCAGCAUGUUGAAUCAGUGUCAGUGACAGCAGAACCUGUUGGUGAAUGAAAUCACUCUGAUUGGCAGUUCAGCUCAGCACAUGAGAAGAGAAACAGAAGUGAGUUCAGUAAACAAAGAGCUAAAGUCCAGAGGGAGUGAGACCAAAACAAACUUGUUAUAUAAGGUAAGAUUAUUUUUUAAGCCACUGAGCUCUUAAGCAGAAACGUUUCCUGAUGGUUUGUGUAAUUGUUCACCGGCGCAUGGUAAAUACUUUAUGUUCUUUCAACAUUGGAUUUUGUUAACUAGUGUCUUCCUGUUUCCCUUUUUGAAUGACAAUUUCAGACCACUGUCGGCUGGUGUGGAGAGUUAUUUCCUCUCAUGCAGGUGCAGAGCGUACGUGCUGGUUGGACAUUGGCUUUACUCUUUGCUGUGUGAUCAUGUGCAACUUUUUGGGCUUCAUUGCCGCUAGUUCUCUGAAGUCAGUUUGGCCUUAAGUGUCAGCCCUGUGAUAGUCUGGUGACCUGUUCAGGAUGUACUGUACCCUGCCUCAUGGUCAAUUUCAGCUGGGAUUGGCUCCAGGACCAUCCAGGAUGCCAAGGAGAGAAGAGAGGACUCUAAAAGGGAUACUGUAACCACCUAUAGCUCACUGGUUUUAUUUGUGUGUUAGGUCAAGCACUAUAAUGGGCAUUUUGCUUUUGACAAGAAGAACCACUGUCAAAAAAGGAGGAAGAAGAUGGAGAAAUAGAAAUGUUUUUUUUGUUUUUGUUUUUUACACAGCACUUAGUUCACUUUGUUAAUAAUUUCCAGCCUUGUAUAUUAUUCCUUUACUAUAUCAGCACUUUGUAUAUGCAUUUCAGUGACUUCACAGCUUUACAGUGCUCUUAUUUGAAUCUUUUUUUUAUCUUAUUAUCACAGCAAUAUUUAAAAUACUCCCUUGGUGAUUCUCUGUCAUUCUUUAGUGUUUGUAUUUACAUGAGUUUAUUUGACUUUACCUUUUUUUAUUGGAGCAUAUACUGCAAUAUUUUGUGUUAUAGCAAAAACAGUAAGAUCAUAUGCCAGUAGUAUUACAGUACUGUUGAGAAUGUUAGAAUCAUAUGUAAUGGUCCAUACUGAUUUUUACUGCAGUUUAUUGCUGGCAACUCAGUGUGACUUAUAAUGAAACCAAAGAUUGUUUUCAGAGUCAAGACAUUCAACAAAGAAGAAAAAAGAGAACGAGUCAAAGGUGGCAGUGUAAGAGUGACACUGCCACACUCAACAUUCAGUAAGUUACAGCUCACUAAGUCAGCUCCUUCUGGCUUUAUUAUCUCUGAGCUUCACAGUGGUAACAGCUGCUAACAGGCCACAACAUCUGUUGAAACAACAAGGAGAGGAUGCAGCUCAAAUUAGAUGCAAUCUGCUCUGUUGAGGUUGGUUGUUUGGCAGCCAAUUAAAAUAACAAGUGAUCAUGACGUUAACAUCAGUUUACGUGAAAAGGCCAAAGCCAGCAAUGAAUUGACCCCAUGAACAAGAACUGUGUCUACAGUCUGAAGAGCUUAUUUCUCUGUGCCACCAGCAAAAACUGUACUGCUGACUAUAAAUCAGGGAUACUCAACUUGCUUUGCCCAGGGGCCACUUUUGCAAAAUGACAGGAGACCAGGGGCCAGAUGCAGCAGCCCCACACAGGUCAUAUGUACACAGGACAUUUCUAGGAAUUGAGGACAUUUGUGGCUCAGAUUGGACCUUUGUCGGGGGCUCUGGGUGAUCCUCUCCUGGCACUUCUUGAUAAACGGGCUCUUUUUUCAUGCUUUUUUGUGCACUAUGGCACCCUAUUUUUAUAAGUUUUAUACGUACAAAUGAAUAAGAAUUACUACCCUGUGACUGUAUGCCUUUGUGCACCAGUUAAGUUUCUCUUACAGUUUACAUCCAUGUCUGUGAACACAUGGAUGCUUCAUACCCAUUGUCCCCCCGGCAGCACAAAAGAUCUUUACCAUCUGCACAGUUUCAAGGUGGACACCCAAGAUGAAUGUCACCAAUUCAGUAUCUGACCAAAUAUUUCCCCUUCUGUUCCUGAGAUAUGACAUUGAAUAAUGGAAGGAAAUGUGUUUUAUGAAGAACAUUAUGAUGUCACAGUGAUGUUGACUUUUGACCUUUUGCAUAUAAAAUGUCAUCACUUCAUUGUUUUAUCCUAUUGGACAUUUGUGUAAAGUUUUGUCAUAAUUAGCAUAUGAGUUCUGAGUCAAGGUCACACUGACCUUGACCUUUGUCCAUAAUAUUAAAAUAUGUUUAUUCUUCA